AUGAGUGACAUUCACUAUGUUCAUCUCUUACAAUACUACAAAGUUGCGUACAACAACAAACAAUUAGUUCACUUUCAACAAGCCUCAGAAUCACCACACUUUGUUGACAAUACAAUCACACUGUUGAAAUACAUCAACAUCCUUGGGCAGGUCUACAAGAGUAAAGGUGAAUCUGGAAGUCGUGGCUCUCUUGUGCAAGCAAAGUUCAUUGGAAGUACUGGUGAGCAUAUCAUCACAUACACUGGUCAAAUACAGUACAUUUUCACCCAUUCUUUCACUUCUCCACCCUCCUCUUCAUCCCUUGCCCCUUUGCUCUGCACCCAUUGCCGCCCAACUCAACUCCUUCACAAUUCUCAACAUACUUUUGCAUUUAUCAAAUGGUACACACUCAAAAACGAUUGUUGUAAAUGA